AAAAGGAUUAAUGUCAAAAAGUACGAUAUAAAAAAAUGUAAUGUAAACAAUUCGCAAACGUAAGCAAAAGUAUAAAAAUGAGUAAGCCCUCUAAUUGUUCGGAAACUUCUUCAAUUACCCCGCAAUGUCAAUACUAUGUAGUGAGAAAAAAGCGAUUGUGUCGCAUGACAGUGCGACCAGGCCGACAGUAUUGCGGUGAGCAUGAGCCGCGACCAAAAACUGACAAUGGAAAGGACGAUUUACGUAUACCAUGUCCAAAUGACCCAAAGCAUACAUGUUAUGCCAGCAAACUAAAGAAGCACUUGUCUAUUUGUAAUGCUCGUCAACAGCAACAGCCAGAUUAUAUUAUACUCAAUAUCAAUGGUUCCACUGACACAGAAGAUUGUCCUCGACUGCCACUUAGCAAAAUACCUCUCAAAACAAUAUCAAAAGUAAUUGACAAAGUCAAUAUUUUAUAUGACAAAUAUCUUAAAGAUAAAAUUCCAAUGCUGUCUGAGAAACCAAUUCAUACAACAGUUCUAGAUGAAUUUAAUGACCCAGGGAGAACUGAAAGCUCGUUGCGGCAUUUAAGACAGGCUUCAAGAUUGCUGCAUGUUGUCGAAAAUGAGGGGUUUGUUAAGCCCAAUACUUGCUUUAUAGAGUUAGGCGCUGGAAAAGGUCAUUUAUCAUAUUACGCAUGGUGGGCGUGGUGUCGGGACACGAAUAGCAAUGUAUUACUGAUAGACCGUGCGUCGUUGCGACAUAAACGCGACAACAAGUUACGCGAUAACUGUCUGAAGACAAACCAAAACAAAAUAAAUGCGACCGACCAGAACGAACCUGACGACGAGUGGGGUGAAAGCUCCAUAAAAUACUCAAACAACGUUCACCGACUUCGAGCUGAUCUCGCAAAUCUCGCGUUGGAACGAGUACCUGCCGUGCGAGCGAGCGAAGCGGUCGUCGGCUACGCCAAACACCUAUGCGGAGUCGCCACAGACUACGCGCUGCGCUGCAUAACGUCGACCGGCGUGCUGGACAAAGUAUCCGGCUUGGCGCUGGCCACGUGCUGCCACCACCGCUGCGAGCGCGCCGCCUGCCUCGCGUCGCGUCCGCUGCAGGGCUUAGGCAUCGAUGCGGAAGACUUCAACGUGCUGCUGGGCGUCGUGUCGUGGGCGACGUGCGGCGACGGACGCAGUCGCGACGCGCGCAAGCGCCCGCUCGCGGACUCGCGCACGCACACGCGCACGCAAACACGGGCGGAAGUGACCGACGACGAUGGAGAGAACUAUGGCACUAAAAAUUUAAAUCUGAGUCAGGAGCGACGUGAGAUUAUCGGAAAACGUGCGAAAAUGUUGCUGGACUGGGGUAGAGUGUUAUACUUGAAAGAACUCGGGUUCGACGCCCGGCUCGUGUACUACGUGUCCUCCACCGUGUCGUUAGAGAAUGUUUGUAUACUUGCCAAGAAAAUAUCUUAAUAUUAUUUAAAAU